UGUUAAUCCUUGCCAGGUGGGCCCAAUGAACCAUGUCGAAGGCAUUGAACUGUGGCUGCACAUGGACAACAACGUGAGCGUGGACAAGGUCCUGGCUAAACCUUUGCCCAAGAUGGCCAUUAAAAAUUGAUGGCCAUUGAAAAGCCUUAACAAGUGCGAAGCGCAGGGCGUCCCUGUUAUUGUUGCUACGCAUGCUUUUGACAUUUUCUGCUGGCAUUGGCAAGAGGUCAAAGGUUGAGCAGCCGAAAUUGCCAACUUGACUGCUCGAGUGCUACCAAAUUAAUUAACAUGACAAUGACGAAGCAUAGAGGCGAGGCGUGACGAGGCGAAUGCUUAAAGAGCCAGCAGCAAGGCAUAAAUAUUAUCAGCGGCAGCGACUUGACACGACAAGGCGCCUCACAUAGACCAAAAAAGGAAAAUCAUAAAAAAACGACAUAAAAACAAUAAAAAAAAAAAAAAAAAAGGGCAGAUAGUGAGUGAGAGUGAGAGUGAGAGUGAGAGUGAGAGAGAGAAGGAGAAGCGACACUGGGCAACCGGAGCAUUUAGCAGCAGGCAAACUGGCAGCCAACUGCUGCGCAUCCUGCGCCUCCUUUUGUGGCAGGCGCGCAUUUCCGUUUGUUAUCGCGGCAAUGUAAAAGCGUUUCCGCUCCAUGCGCCCAAAGGACAACGUCACCAGCAUCAACACCAACACCAACACCAGCAGCAGCAGCAGCAGCAGCUAAAGACGCUAUUAAACUAGUAGCUGCGCGCGGAUUACAUACGAAAUUGGAAAGGAUUCGAGAAUGACUCACCCGCCAGAGACGCAGCCGGCGCCGACGUCGAUGUCGCUGUUGAUGGCGAUGCUGCUGCUACUACUCGGCCUCCUGCUGCAUGUUGUUGGGCCCAGCGAGGCGCUGCACCUGUCGAGCCUCUCCGUCCCGCCCAUUAUCGAUGUCUCACAAAAGGCCAAACUGUUUUGCAGCUAUGAGAUGGGCAAUCGGACCCUCAACUCGGUCAAAUGGUAUAAGGAUGGCCAUGAGUUUUUCAGAUACUCGCCGCUAACGCCGCCAACAACAAAUUGGUUUCCCGUCAAAGGUGUCACCAUAGCCGACGGCUCGUCGCAUUGCAAUCAAUUCAUCUGCAACGUGGAACUGGAGAAGCUGAAUAUCCAUUCGUCCGGACAGUACCGCUGCGAGGUGUCCGGCGAUGCGCCCGAGUUCGAGCUGAUCGAUAAAGCGGCCAAUAUGACCGUUGGCGUGCUGCCAAAAUUUGAUCCAUUGAUCUCGGGUGUUCGACGGACAUAUAAAUAUCGCGAUACGCUGGUGGCCAAUUGCAGCUCGGAGUGGUCGAGUCCGGCGGCGCGGCUUACAUGGUAUAUCAACAACAAAACUGCACCACAGAUGCAGCUGCAGCCGCAAAUCAAUGAAGUCAUCCACAACACCGAGGGCUUUCCGCUCUAUGCGAGCAAGCUGCAGCUGCGCCUGCAUAUCGAUGACCAGCGCUUCAUUGGCAAGAGCGAAAUGCUGGAGCUGCGCUGCGUGGCCGAUAUACUGGGCGUGGCCAGCCUGCGGCGUGAGAGCUGGCUGCGCACAACCAUAAUGGCGCUGAGGGACAGCGGCGUCAAUCAGCGGCGGGCUGAGAACGGCACCUGUGCCAGUGCCCGAGCAGCCACAUUUGCUGCCUGGCUGCUGUGCCUGACGUCCCUGCUGCGCUGGCACUGCACUCUGAGUUAGUGGCUGUCUCUGUGGGCCGCGUUUCUUUUAGCCUGAUUUUACUAGCUGUAUUUGUUGUUUUGAUUACAUUAAACGAACGUAAUUUAAGUCCAGUCAAGGCGAUAAAUCGGAUGAGGGCGGCUUUUUUAAAGCGAGCGCCCCAACUACGCCAAGUCGAAAAGAAUGAAAAGUUAACAAGGCAACUGUUGAAUUUGUAUAUAUAUUGAAAUAUGUAUAUGCGUACAUAUAUAUAUAUAUUAACUAUAUGGUAAUUGCAAAGCUAAGCAAUUUUUCUCGAUAUAAUGCCACACACACUCGCACACUAAAUGGAAUCUAUAAAAAAAUAACUUGGAUAAAAUCUUACAAAUACAAUUUGAUAUAGUUGUCUAAAACGAAAGCAAGCACUACAUACAUAUGUAUGUAAAUCUAAUAUAAAAUUAUAAUUAAUAAUGAAUACGAAAUGCACAUACGUUCAGUACAUAAUAUAAACAUAUAUAUAUAGAUGCAUAUGUAUGUGUAUAUAUGUGUAUAUAUGUGUAUGUGGAUAUCUAUAUGUGUAUAUGUAUUUGCACACAGCGAGAAAUGAAUCACAAUCAACUGCAACUAAAAGUAAACAUAAUUAUUAAAUGUGAAAUGUUAAUGUAUUUGUAUUAAACGAUGUACGAAAUAAAAAAAAAAAAA